AUGUUUUGUCAAAUUGUCCUAUUUACUUUGAUUGCUGGUGUCUUCGCAGCGCCUCCGGUGGAUGUAGUGCCGCUGGAGAGUCAGCAGCCAACGGUCAUUCCAAUCGUGUCGCAGUCAGACGAAUUAGAAUCCAACGGGACAUAUCACUUCAGCUACGAAACUGGAAACGGAAUCAAACGCGAUGAAAUAGCCUAUGAAAAAGUCAUACCGAAAGCUCGAUCUGCGAAUAGCAAUGAAGGCGGAGAGGAUGACAGCGAAAGCGAUGAAAUUCACGUUCAACAGGGCUCUUACUCCUAUACAGGCCCCGAUGGAAUCGUGUAUACUGUAAGGUACAUAGCAGAUGAAAAUGGUUUCCAACCGAUAGGCGACCACUUACCACGAGUCCCAGGGAACACUCAGAGCAGUUCUGCUGAAAAAUCUGGAAGGGCACUUAAGAUUGAUAGUACUGUUUCUGCCUCGUCACCAAAUCAAGUUCAAGCGGUAGUACCUCCACCUGCAAGCCCAGUUGAAUCAAAACCAGCUGAAAGUAUACAAACUGCUGAACCUUCUGUCACAGCUGAUAGUAACGCCAAGUCAUCAGACAGUGUAGAAUCACGAGUAGAAGAGGCACCAGUUGCUGCCACAGUGACUACUUCUGCGGCAUCAGAAAGUGUAACAGCUAACGCUGAACCAACUUCCACUGAAUCAGUGUCAACCAGUGAAAGUGUUAGUGACUCCAGCACAACAGUAAAGGUAGAAUCACCUGUAUCCACUGAGGCAGCCACAGCCGCAGAGAUCUCCACUGCCGUACCUGAAGUAGUAUCCACCGCAGUACCUGAAGUAGUAUCCACCGCAGUACCUGAAAAAGUCCCCGCUGAAGGAAGUGGUGACGUUUCAAGCACCACUUCUGCUACCGAACAAGUCUCAACCCUGGCAGCAGAACCAGCAGCAGGUGAAGUUAGCCAAGUUGUUUCAUCUGAAGCGCAGCCUUCAACAACUGUCUCCGACCAAGCUGCAAAUAAUGCUGACCCAGCGACAGUAGAGGCAAGUUCUACAACAGUAUCUGCGUAG